AUGGUCGCAGUUUUCGCAGACCUUGUGCUCUUGAUUUUAGUCGCCGUUGUGGGGCAUUCAGAAGCAGCCCUACUGGAUCAAUUAGUUGUACCAGCAAACGGAGAACUGGCAAAUGAUAUGGCACUUGGCUGGUCUGACUGUCUUUCUGAGUUAUUCUUCGACGGUAGAAACGUUGCUUGUCAAUUACACGUUUCAAGGAUUCCUGAUAGCGAUUUGCAUAGCCAAAAUGAUUAUGUAAGCGCACCAAAUGCUGCUGCAGGUGCUAAGUUUAUAAGAGAGCCAAGGCAGCUCUUGCAAAACAUGUCAAGGGCCGCAGUUGUUUCGGUGACCUUCAGUCUCUUGUAUUCUCUUUUCGUUUUGUUUUUCAUGACUUUUGCAUCUUAUGUACAAGUAAGGAUCACUCUAGGGGUUUUCAAUUUUGUUAUGAUCUCAGGGGCUAUUUUCACUGGCAUGAGUGCAACACUUAUAAUACUUGUCCACGAAUAUACCAUAAUAACUGGUGCUGAAAUGAGAGAUGACAGCAGCAGUUUCCUAUUACUUUGUUGUGCUAUAGUGUCACACCUGGUCUCUGCUCUUCUAAUCUUAAAUACAGAUAUGAAGAAGAAGAUACUAAUGGAGGAACGGCAUGAAAAUGAUGGGCGGCUCUGUGUCACCUGCUGA